AUGAUCGGUUGGAACACCACUCCAGACGACUCCGCCGAUGUUGUGGGGGUCAAAGACAAACGUCUUAAAGGCCUCUGUGAGCGUAACCCCGUCUGCCACAAGCGCUCUGAGAUGGUGGAUGGUACCACGGGAGGUACUCCCAACGAUGGCCGAUCACAAAUAUCCGGAAGACUGAGGCUUAGGAUGUCUGACAUGUCUCACAUACAGAGAGCCAGAGCUCGGACUCUGAAGAUGACAAUUAUCAUCGUCUUCACUUUCUUCUGCUGCUGGACUCCUUACGUCGUCAUCGACCUCUGGUACCUCUUUGAUCCUUUAUCAGCUGAGGCGCUAGAUUCAAGAAUACAAUCUUCUCUCUUCAUGUUCGCAGUAUCAAACUCCUGCGUCAAUCCCCUCGUGUAUGGAAGUUACACUUUCAACUUUGCGACUUACAUCAGAAAACUAUUCCGAUGCUCCGCAAAUAACACGGCUGUCAGCAGACAGGCAUCUGGUGUAACUAGGUUCACUCAGAUUGACAGACAUCACGCCAACGGCUACGUGCCAGCACUAACGGAUGGGAAAAUAUAUAAGUUGUACCCAGCCGAAGACCAAUGCCUGGAAUUGAUGCAUGCAACCCCCUUGCGACGUCCCUUAAAUAGAAGGAAAGUCGUCGAUACAGAAGAAACAAUUGCUCUUGGAUAUUGUGAGGAAUUAGAGUCACAAUCAUACCAUUCGCAUUCAUCUUACAGUCAUGGCUGCUCCGGGUAGUACCCAUUCAUGAUAAAACUCCAAAGUCUAUAUAAAACACUCACACACCUCAAAAAUAGCACACACCUCCUUUUACAAAAAAUCAUUGUACUAAAAAAUUAAUGAAUUUAUAAUUUUAAUGUAUACACAAGUUUAGUUUUAUGAAAGUAGGGAUCAAGCAAGUGAAAGGUGCAUUAAAAUUAAAAAAUAGGAAACAAUUCGAAA